AUUGGCAUUGGCACAUAUUUGGAACCUGGCUCCUCUUUCACGCAACCGUCUUCACCUUUCCCAUUUAUACAGUUGACUAGUAUGUUCUCUUCAUUCACCAGAAAACUCCAUCUCCAUUAUCUUUUUUCAUACUUCCCAUUGCAAGGACCAUAUAAUCCCUUCUCCUCAUUCUUAUAAACCUAUACACAGUCUCUCCCUAUUCCACCCAGCAAAACCUAUCAACCUCCCUUGUAGAUCAGGAAGGGAAAAACAUGAAGGGAAGCUUGCUGCCAUGGUUCUUAUUCAUCUCUUAUGUCAUUUCUAGCAUGGCUCUUUCAAGCUCUUCCAAUUCAGAAGACCAAGAUUUUGACCCAUCAAAGCCUAUUAUGCAGGGAAUACAAAAUCAAGAACUAAAUCGGACAAUGGGGUUGUACCGAGAAGGUGAUAAUGGAAGAGAAUACAAUGGAAAGCAUACAAGAUUCGAGUCAAUAAAAGCACAAAGAGGGAAAGGAUCUUAUGGAGGCGCAAACAUUGUUCAUCGAGGGCCAAACGAGAAAAGUGCAGCUUCAUUAAUUGCAAGGCCUCCUUUAUUCAUCACAAUGAUAUUCACAUUUCUUGCUUGUAAGCUUCACUCUGAUUCUUGUUUUUCCCUUCCAUCAGUCAGUCUAAGGUGUCCUUGAUCUUCUUGAAUAUAAAGCCAGAAUCCCAUCUCCUCCCACGCAACAAAUAAACUUCAAAAGUGAGUAAGAAACAAAUGAAAAUUUAUUUAUAAAAAAAAAUUUAAAUUAAAUUAAAAAAAAUAAAUAAAAUAAAUAAAAUAAAAUAAAAAGAGGAAAAAGAAAAGGAAAAAGAUAUUGUAAAUUGUCUUCUUUCUAUUUGGAGUGCAAUCUUUGAUUGUCAGAAUUUUGAGCUGCCUUAUCGGCCAGCUUUGAUACUUCUUAGAUUUUUUUUCUACUUAGCACUUGAUGCUUUGAAUGUUUGUUAUUUAGUUUGUAUCGUGAAUGAGUGGAAGCUUUCUCUGUAUUGGAAACUAUUGAAGUUCUGCAAGAUAGUUGAGGGAUUUUUCAGAACUUCUUAGCGAGUGAUUUUCCAGAACUUCUUAGUGAGAGAUUUUCCAGAACUUCUGAGUCUUAUAAAAGAUUUUUGGGUAUUGCUAUUGUACUGUCUUGCUGUUAAUGCAGGUUGUGAUUUUCCAUA